AGAGAAAACAACAAAAGAGGGAGGUGGACGGAAAAAAGAGAGAAAGGUUGACGGUGGAAGAAGAGGGGGUAGAGAGGGACGGCGAUAGAAAGCAAAAGCUACGGGAAGCUUAUGGAGUUGGCGGCUGUGAGGGUUUAGAAACAAAGAAAAACCAAAGGAAGAAGAGGAAGAGAAAUCUGGGGGCUUCAUCGUGGAGAGGGGCUGACGGGGAGGAAAGUAAAAACAGCAAAAGAAAAGCUAGGAGCUACGGCUGAGUGGAGAGCUGGGGGCGGCGAACAGAAAACCAGAAAAAGAAGAAGAAAUUUUCUGCAAAAUUUUCGGCAGAAUGGGCUGAUUUUCGGCCCACCUUGCGGCAUGAUUAUUUCCUGUCUGGUUGUGCAAUCCGAUUGGAUUUUUGUUUCUGCACCAAGUGGGGAGUAAGGGGAGGAUUUCUUGUUCAGAAAUUGUUCACAAAUAACAAUGGGAAGAUCGUCAAAUCUGACCACCAAGGAGCUGCUCUGCCUCCACUGCACAGAACGAAAACGCAGCAGAAACUCUUGUUUUGGCCCAGCAAUUCAGGUUGUUCGUGGUCAGAUAUCCUUCAUCUUACAGUGUGCAAUACCCGCAACCAUAGAGAUCUGCGAAGAGAGUGCUGGUCAAGUAAUUCCAACCAACACUAGUCGAGUUACAUUGGCCUUUGAUGCAGUGUUUGCACGUCUUGAUGCGUACAACUCGCAGCCCAACCAAACCUUGGUUCACCGGGCGUCCGCUCACGAUCCACCCAUAGGGUUGAGACGUCGCUUGUGUGACCAUUGUCAUGGAAAUCUUGCUGUCCGCAACAUGUAUCUACCACCACCACGAGUUGUCCUUGUUCCACACAAGGAUGUCAUGAUCAUUCUUCGCUUAAGAAGGCGACAUGCAGGCUGCUUGGUGACUAUACACAUGCUCUCAUCACUUUUGUUUUGUAAGAGAGUCAUGAUUUGGGGACAAAUCGCCUUUAAGAGGAGGAAUGAUGAGAAUAUAAAGACCAAGGCCCAUUCAAGCACAUGGGGAAUUGGAAGAUUCAAGUGAAGACCAGUUGAUUGCACGAAUACUUGAGUUUAGUAUGAUUAUUUGAUUUUCCUCGUUGAUUUUGGUUAUUUCUCGCUUUAGAAUGUCUAGGUAAUUAAUCUAGUUUAAUUGCGGCCCAUUUGUUAGUAAGUGAGGCCCAAAAUCUUCCUUAAGUAUGUAGGGUAGUUUGGUCAAUUUUUGGAUUAGGGUUAAUGCUUGUAAGGGCUAUAAAUAGCC